AAACACUUGUUAGACGAAAACAAACUAUAUUCCGAAAGAGACGUGGAAACAGCACACAGACGGCAAAAUAAUGAUCUUUCUCGCGAGUCUGAUCCUCUUCUGUUUUAAAGGAACAACCGGAAGUACCCAAACUGAUCCUGUGCAUAUCACGAUGUCAACGCGGGACCUUAUGGUAAUGGAAAGUACGGACUUCACUAUUAACUGUACCACGGAUGGCCUGGCAACAAAGCUGAUGAUUGAGCCCAUGGAGUUCAUAUUUACUCCACAGGAGACAGCAGACGCAACACCUGGGAAUCGGGUCUCGCUUUCACAAAACAACGACCUCAAGACCGGUAUCGACAGCGAUAAGUACGAAGUAUCCUUUUCCGCCCAAAGCGACUUCAGUUUCUUUCUUGUUGUCAAAGCUGCCUUAUUAAAAGACACUGGUGUAUACACAUGUGCACGUGGGGGACUGAAUGUUUCCACGUUUGUUGAAGUUCGUUCAAAACAAGAUAUCAUAUGUACAUGCGCCGACGGCUACAUCCGGUAUGGUAACGCAUGUUUCCGCUUUUAUCACCAGGACAUGUCUUGGCCAGAAGCGUCGUACAUGUGUGAAGCAUUUGGUUCGGAGCUGGUACAUAUCGAGUCGAACGCAGAGUACGAGUUCAUCAGAGGCUAUGCUAAGGAGACACAAGGUGGCUAUAGUGGUAAUGGGUUCUGGUUGGGAGCCACGUCGGCGAUGCUCCCAGGUCACUGGCAUUGGAAGGACGAUCUCUCAGAGGUUGACUUUGAUGAAAUGUCUCGACUACAAUCAAACGAAGCGAAUGAUGAUUGCCUCAGCCUGUCACUGCAGAAUAGCUUUGCUCUAAAGGGAUCAACAUGCAAUAGCGUCAUGAACUUUAUAUGCAAAACAAAGGUGUCCAAAUGUAUCUGAGCGGAAGUCAAGGGACAUACAACCUACGGCAGUUAGCGAUGUUAAAGGAAUCUGGACAAAUUGAACGUAUAACUGUAUGUUGUUGGACAGGAAAAUGACGAAAUUGAUUUUAAAUUGUCUUUUUAAUAAAAAAAUAUUUGUGAAAA